UGAGUUGCAAGGAAAGCUUGCGAAAGCAUUGUGUGUCCGCGGCGUGAAGGAAGGUGGUCCAUCGCUUCUCUGUCUUGGGAGCCCACUUUGUUCCUCCUCCUCAGCUGCCAUGGGUCUGGAAGCGAAACCUGUCGCCGCCCCCCACCCCUACUGGCCUCGAGACUUGGAGCUCCAACACUACAUCCCCAACGACCGCCCCAUGUGGCAGAUCUUGACUUUCCUCUUCUCCGUGUCGGGGGCCAUCCUGGCAUUGACCUGGCUGGCGGUGGGAUGGUGGAACCGGAAGGACGCCCCCUUUGGGGUGUGGCGCUCCCUGGCCCUCUGCUGGUUCAUGGUCUGUGGUUUCAUUCAUGGUGUCAUCGAGGGCUGGUUCAGCCUCUACCACACAGAGAUCCCAGGAGACCAGUCCUUUCUCUCACAGCUGUUAUCGCUGGGUCAGCUGUACGGAGACAUCCUUUACUUCUACACCGAGUACCGCGAUGGUUUCACCCACAGUGAAAUGGGACACCCCCUCUACUUCUGGUUCUAUUUCGUCUUCAUGAACGGCCUGUGGAUCGUCAUUCCCGCUCUCCUCAUCCUGGACGCCUGGAAGCACCUCAGCGCUAGCCAGAGAGUGAUGGAUGCCGGCAAGUCGAAGAGACACUAACAGACUUGCCUGGGAGGGCCAAAACGGGAAGCGGCUCCAUCGCCAAGUAUCGGGACAGCGCCAUAACUCCAUUGCCUGAGGGGUGGUGGUGGUCCUCCUUCUCUCCCAGGUCCAUUCUGCAUUCUAGCUUGAGACAGUGCAAGGCGCGAGGACUGACAUACGGCUCAGGCACUGCUCACCGCUUUUCCCCACACUGGACUUUGGUAGCUUUUUUCUGUACACCUUAACAGCUGUGGAUAGGGCUGGGCUGUGAGCGACAGAGAACCCCUUGUCCUGUUUCCACAGAGUAAGCCCUGGGUUAAAACGGUGGCUGCCCGGAACAGUGUCGCCCGUUGGAGAACAUAGAAUAUAACUGUGUUCUCCAGUUUAAUGGUAUUUUGUGUAAACCGCCCUGGGAGAUCCUUCUGGAUUGAAAAGGUGGUGUGGAAAAUCAAACCAACCAACAGAGCACUGCUGCUGAGUCGGCGCCUGGAGCUUGGUCUCUCUUCUGGCUGCAGAGCUGUGAACCGUGCAGCCGUUUGGCACGCAGUCUCGCUUAGCAGCAGGGCCUCUUUCUUUGCUGGGCCUUUCUGUCUCUCUCCCAGACUUGGGCCAACGUGAUUUUAAGCUGAGAGAGAGACACAGAGCCGCGUUGAGAGAGCUGUGUGUGUCGGUCUGUCCCAAUGGUAACAAGAACUCUGCCGGUCACCUGGAGGCCUUUUUUGGUUAAACUCAAAGCAAAUGGCUGGUGAGGUCUAGCUGCCAGUUACAGGGGUCUCCAAUGUGGUGUCCACGGGCUCCGUGGCACCUGCCGACACCUUUCCUGGCGCCUGCCAGGUGCGUUUUAGAAAGUGGGCAAGGCUAGGUGCGGCUUCUCCCCAACAGGGCUUGUGGUUGGCUGUACAGAUUAAAAGUCAUUAAGACUUAUAAGGAAUGCUAUCUAUGUAUUACCAUCUG